AUAGUUUAUGCAAAAGUUGGGGGGCAAACAGAGUGCAUUAUGGGCAAUUGGAAAAUAGAGAAUGUGACAUUUCCCCAUAACUAGCCAUUCAGUCUGACAUGAGUUUUUCUCCUUCAUAUUGCAGUCUUAACGACGCUAUUACAAGGCGUGCAAAGUGAAAGCACUAUAGCACCGUCGGUGACAUUAUCUCAGCAAACGCUCGUGACGAUGUCAUCAUCAUCAUCGUCAUCAUCAUCGUCAUUAUCAUCUGAAUCCCCCACAGAAAACAAGGAGGCUAGUGACCAAGACAACCAAGAAACAGAGGAAACUGAAGCUCCCCUCUUGAUUGAACUGUGGAAGAUAAUUUCGAUCGGUGGCUUGUUAAUUGUUUUCAUUCUUUUGAUCUUCAUUCUAGGUCUGCUGAUGAGAAACAGACUGUUGAAAGACGCUUUAACUCGAGAGAGACGUAACACUGAAGAACGGCACCAACGCCAGCGGAGGCAAGUGGAGACGAGAGAAGCACUUUCUAUCAUAGCAGCAGCGUCAUCUACAAAUGAGCUGUCAACUUUUCUUCACGAUGAACACGGAGCGAAGGUAUUGUUAACAUACAAAUUGGAAAUUGGCCAGAAGUUCCAGAGUCGCACAUUUUCCAUGGGAACCUCAAGGUCAGUGGAUAGGCUUGCGGAUCUGUUGAGAAAUUCUGAACAGAUACAACGACAUCACAGAAGCACAGACACACCGGGGGUUCAUGACGAGAUGCAGGUUAGUGCCUCAAUCAAUCAUCAAACAAGUGUUUGAGCUUUUACAAAAUGUACUAAAAUACUAUUUAACAAUAAGUGAGUAACAGGUCAGUAACAUUGGACAGCAUGGCAAAACACGAGGUGUUUUGCACGUUUGAUCCGCGAGCACUUACUUUUGCAACCGUUAUUUCGAUUGUCACCCAACGCUUCAUCAUAACAUUGCUGCGUGACGAUCAAAAAUAACAGCUGCGAUGGAAAUUGCACUAAGACACGUGGCCCCGCUGCGCGUAGUUGAUUCUGGUAGAUUUCAGUAUGUUAUCUAAUGCUGGACACUAUCCUGUACAGUUUCAGCCAUCAAGAUCAAGACAAGCUGAAGACCCGAAGAACGAAAAUCAGGCAAAGUCAACACGUCAGGUGCGUGCAUGUGUAAACGUUUCCUCUGUGAAGCUGAUCACAAUUAAUUUAUGCAAAAUCUUUAUAUAUCGAACUAAACCUUUGUCUUUUCUCUUGUAGCCUCGACCUUGUUUUAAGCUGUAUCAAUAGUUCGUCUUCAAUUCUUUCCCCGCUCAGAGGAGCUGGUGAAAAGCCGUAAGGUGUUGCACUUUACCACUAACACUUUGCGCUCGUACCCAGCCCUAGGGGCUAUUCGCGUGCGUUUACAGGCAGUGAAAGAACUUGAGAGUUUUUAACGUCAAGGUAUCGAAAACUGCUCACACCGACAAUUUUUUUAGGCAGUUUUUCUAUUGUCAAGUUAGAUCCUUUCAAUGAUGGCUUUCUCUAUAGCUCACCUAUUUGCUUGACAAAUUAGUGAUGUUGUAAGGAGAAAUUUGAUUCUGGUCACUCUUGAUAAUUGAUUGACAGAUAAAAUGCUUGUCAAACUUAUACGAUUCACAUCCUUGUUUGUGUCACUCUUUCUUCAGGACAAUUUUAUUACCUCCGGCUCCAGGGAUGACUACAUUAAGCCAAGAAACGAUCCCCAAUCAAAAACUAAAGUCUCUUUUGCUGAACCAUUGCAGGAAACACCGUUACCAACCCGAGAGGAAAAACAAAAGGUGUGUAACAGGGAAACAUUAGUCAGUGUAGCAAGUAUUAGCUAGGGCCUGAAUCACUUCUCCUCAAAAGUAGGAGAGCGGGGAGGAGACAAUUGUGAGAAGGGCGAAGAAAAAUGGACUUAAAUACGUGCAUUUUCGAGUUGCCUUUUGCCUCAGUGUCAAAACGAGUCUUCGCGCGAAACCAUUCAUAUGGAAAUGUGUUCCGCCUACAUUUCAUUUUCAUGCAAAUCAAACUCAUUUCACGCAAAUCAGUGCACGAGGAUUCGUUUUGAAACGGAGGCACAAGGUAACUCGGAAAAAGCCUGUUUUAAUAGUCUUGUGAGCAAUCAGGCUAUCGCCGA